CUUUUAAAUUAAAUUAAAGAUUUUUCCCCUGUCUAUCUCUAGCUCCCUGUUGCCCCCGGAUGAACCCCAGAGGGAAGCAGAGGAUGCUGGGAUGCCCGAUGCCCCAAGUGAGAGGAGCUCUGCUCUGGAGGCGGUGCGCUCCACGUUAUGCCCCGCCCAUCGCUCUCUGCUCCAGCGAAUCCUGAGGCUCGCCCACCAGCAGCACCGUCUAUCAUUGGCCUACAGGGACGCCCAUCGCCGCCUCGUCCCGCCCCCAGACCCUCUCUGCGGCCACCUGGUGGCCAAACAACAGGACGACACUUCCUCUCCUCCUUCCUUCACUGGCUGUUGGAGCCGUAGUGGAGCCACGCGUCCGACUGACUGGAAGACACCAGGUGGUCCAGGCUGUUGCUGCUGGCUGCCUCCUGUCUGUUUCUGCCUCCAGAGCCUCCGCUGCCUGUCCUGCCAGAGCCUGUCCCUGGGACACAUCACCACUGGGGUUCGCUCCUCCUCUUCUCUGUGCUCUUUCACGUCCUCCUCUUCUCGUUCAUCCUCCGCUCUGUGUCCUAAUCCCUCAGUCUGUCCCGUGGCCUCUGUCUGUUGCUCCAACCCCCAGCCCUGCGCCUCCUGCUGCUCAGAACACACCUACCUGGCCCCGGUCAGACACACAGCCCCGGGAGGAGGAGGAGGAAGCGAGUGCCCUGUCCUCAAGAGAGAGCGAUCCCGCACCCCCUCUCCUCCCCCUCUCUCCCCCAUACCCUCAGACAUGGACGGUAAGGAGGAAGACAAGCCUCCCUCUCUUCUGCAGCAGGAGGGGGAAAAAGAAGAGGAGGCUGGGUGUGGUGGGGCGGUGGGUGAGGACAGGGAGCAGCAGGACCUGGUGGAGCGUUUCAGUGACAAACUAAAGACAAUCAGGCCCCAGGAGAAGGAUCCUCCACUCAGCUCUGCCUUAGCCAAUCACAACCUAGAGAAGGAUCCCCACCUGACGACCUCAGCCAAUCAGCACAUUGCAGAGUCCCAGGCCGACGCCCACCUGAGUGAGAUCAUCACCACCGUUCUGAACACGGGUGGCGGCAGCGACUACAGCCUAAACGACAUGUUGCAUCACCAUGACAACAACGAGAGCCAGCCACCUCGGACGCGUUCCCGGCGGCGACAGGAGGCCCUGGCUGCCAUGGCGACUUUGCCCGACCAGUCGUCCACCCGGCGCCAGACUUUGCUAAUCAAACGGGAGCUGGCCAGGCUGAACCAAUCGCUGGGCAGGAGGCUGUCGCUAGGGAAGAACAAGAGCCGCAGUGCCACGCCCUUUUCUACCUGCUCCUCACCUGAACCAACCCCUGUUACAGCAGAGAUAGACAGAAUCACAGAGGAGGAGGGCGAGACCGGUAGAGUGAAGGAGGGCGAGACCGGUAGAGUGAAGGAGGGCGAGACCGGUAGAGUGAAGGAGGGUGAGACCGGUAGAGUGAAGGAGGGUGAGACUGGUAGAGUGAAGGAGGGAGAGACCGGUAGAGUGAAGGAGGGAGAAACCGGUAGAGUGAAGGAGGGUGAGACUGGUAGAGUGAAGGAGGGAGAGACCGGUAGAGUGAAGGAGGGAGAAACCGGUAGAGUGAAGGAGGGAGAGACCGGUAGAGUGAAGGAGGGCGCGACGGAGAAGGUGACAGCAGAGAAGGUAGGUCCAGUGAGAGUCACGAAGGAUAGAGUCGGCAUGAAGGAGGAGAUGGAGAAACCCCCAGUCCUCUCCUCUACACAACAGAGUCCCCCGCAGGAGGACCAACACAAACCAGAGAGCUGGAACAUCACCUGUCAGGACAGCAGUAGGAGUGACCUCCCUGAGAAGAGGAGAGAGGAGGAGUCACCAGGUAGUACCAGCAGUGGUCUUCCUGAGAGGAGUAGAGAGGAAGAGGAGGAGUCACCAGGUAGUACCAGCAGCACCUGUGACCAUGGCAGUGGUCUUCCUGAGAGGAGUAGAGAGGAAGAGGAGUCACCAGGUAGUACCAGCAGUGGUCUUCCUGAGAGGAGUAGAGAGGAAGAGGAGGAGUCACCAGGUAGUACCAGCAGUGGUCUUCCUGAGAGGAGUAGAGAGGAAGAGGAGGAGUCACCAGGUAGUACCAGCAGUGGUCUUCCUGAGAGGAGUAGAGAGGAAGAGGAGGAGUCACCAGGUAGUACCAGCAGUGGUCUUCCUGAGAGGAGUAGAGAGGAAGAGGAGGAGACAGCAGGCAGCAGCAAGGACAGUAGCAGAGUGUCAGCCAGGAAUAGCCCUUCCCACCCCUGCAGAACCAGGAGAGGCAGCAGGUCCCAGCCAGGCUGCAGCAGCCAGGUGGUGGUGGGGAGGAGCAGCGAGGCUGGGAGGUCCAGGAGGAGCAUCGUCCCUCCCCAGCGGUUCUCCUCCUACGUCACAGAGCCCAGGAUGAUGUAUUCUGCUGCCUGUUUCUCAGAGAGGAUCUUCUCCGCCCAGAGGGCGCCAAAGGAUCGGCAACCACUCAAUGCCCCCAACACCAAUCGCACAGACUCCCCGUCCUCGGACACAGACACGGCUGAGGGGUUGGGCGAAGCAAGAGAAGAGGAAUUACCGCUGGCAUCCAGUCCUGAGGAUGUCAGUCAGGAGAGGAGGGGAGGCAGAGGCUGUAGAUCAACAGCAAGAGGUCAGAGUUCAGACCGUGAGUCACAGAGACGAGGUCAGGUGAUUCCCGUCACUGCAGCUUCCUCUGAGCAGCAGAGUCCCCCUAAACAGCGCUCCCAGAACAGGGCAGACGUUAGGCUCAGAGCAGCCAAACCUUUUGGGCGCUUACGCUCCUCCCACUCCGGCCAACAGUUCCAACCAGCGAGCCCUCAGACAGCCUCCAGGCCAGAGGUCCCCACUGGUCAGCCUCAGUACAUCAGCCCCAUCAAGCUGAUGUUUGUGUCUGCAGUAGUGGGUGAGGAGGGGGUGAGGUACACCCUGAAGGCGGCUGCACCAGGAUCCAGCUGGCAUGGACAGGAGACCUUUGACCCCUGUGAGGAGUCAUCGUGGGCUGGAAGUCCAGAGAAGACCCCAGAGAAGACUCAUAAUCCACCGAAGACCAGGAGUCCACCGAAGACCAGGAGUCCCCUCCAGACCAGGAGUCCACCGAAGACCAGGAGUCCACCCCAGACCAGGAGUCCCCUCCAGACCAGGAGUCCACCGAAGACCAGGAGUCCACCCCAGACCAGGAGUCCACCCCAGACCAGGAGUCCCCUCCAGACCAGGAGUCCACCCAAGAACACCAUAUCGUCAUCACCAAAGCUGUGUGGAACAACGAGAGGAGGAGAGGGGGGUAGCCCGCCAAAACGCUCUCCCGGGUCCCAGAACGGAGACGGCUCGCCUCCUUUCGUGAAACCACCCCCACAAAGCGACGUCCCGGGACGUCCCAAGAAGCUGGGCCCCCAGCUGGAGAAGAGGGCCAAGAGGCCAAUCGGCCGCCCGCCCAAGCAAAGGGUCCAGUGGAGUUCCUUUAGGCUGCAGCACCGGGAGGAGGGCAAUGAGGAGAGAGACCCAGCCAACAGGAACCUGAAGAUCACCGUGGUGUACGGACGUUCCCACAGGACCAAGAGGACAGUGUCGGAGGAGGCUACCGGUGAAGGAGAAGAGGUUCGCUCCCACGCCAGCAACAGCAGCAACAUUAUCAAGUGCCAGAAGCUGCAGUGUACCGCGGCCAUGCGUCGUCCAGGGAGACCCGCCAAGGUCAAAAUCUCCGGAAUCUCCGUUACCGUCACCACCACGUCGCCGGGGAAACGCAAGAUCCACAUGAACCGGGACAGGAAAUCUCCGGAGAAGCUCUGUCAGCGGAAAGCCCUCCUUCCUGAACCCGAGCCUUCCAAAGAGCCCAGGAAAAUCAGCAGCACGCCGACUAGCGAGGACGCCUCUCGGAUGCAGAUAGAGAGAACGACAGAGUCCAAGGAUGGAGCGAGGGAGCGACAGACCCAGACUCCUCCUGUGUUGGCAGUGCGUCACUCUGUGAGAGUGAGGAAGCCUUCAGUGUACCUGCUUCACUCUGUAGCCACCUCCACCUCUAGGUCCCUGAGCCACAGUACCGCCCUGCUGCGCCGAUCCAGACAGCUACUGAUCAACAGGGCCAGCAGCAAGGGCAGCCAUCGCAAGAGGAAGGAGGAGGGAGGAGAGGACACCCCAGGGCGGGAGGAGCUGCUGUCCGGGAGGGAGGAGAGUAGGAGCGAGGGAAGAGGAGGGGUGUUGUGUGAGGACCUGAGCCAGGUAGCGGGGGUUUCGGUAGACUCCAUUUUCCCGGCCAGCUCCAGCGAGGCGUUGAGGUGGUGGCCCGUCUCCUCCGACCAGGACAGCCUGAACCAAGAGCUGGCUCGCAGGAUCCGCCUCAUAUCCCAAAGCUGGGUCGCUGCCGCUGCCACCCACACCACCAGGACGGGGACGAUCAUGUCCGCCAAGCAGAGACUCGACGACGACUCUUUGUCCUCCUGGAAGCCAGAGGUUGGGUCGGCAGUGCGGCUGCUGUUUGACCGGCGCUGCAGUGUGGAGAGGCUGGCCUCCUGGUUCAUGCAGACCACUGAGACUCAGUCUCUGGGCAUUGUGAAGAAGACCAGCUCCCGAAACCCCUAUGAGCUCCUGCACUACCCCCGGAACGCCAGCAGGGAGAGCGUCUUUCCCAGCCCGCAGACAAUGCGACUACGCAAACACAUCAAGAAGUUUGCCAAAGCUGUGCCGAAGAGCCCCGCCCAGCUCCGUCUGGCCCAGGAACGGCUCCGACGUGGAAGAGAGCUGAAUGCCAGGCGGCGUCUGUUCACUGCGAGGCCGACGUCUGGCGGGCUGCGUCUCAGAGCUCCUUGGAGGAAGGUCAGGGCCCUCGGGACGUACAGAACCACUCUGCUCAGAGUCAGAGAAAAGUUCCUCACCUGGACCCUCAGAGCCAAGCAGCCCAACAGGCUGAUCUGGAGGAGAAGCCUGGUGGAGGAAGGCAACUCACCUCACCAGGUCUGGCCUUCUGCUCAGACCAGGGAGGAGCACACCAGGUCUCCACAUCACCACUGUCUACCUGCCUCCUCAGAGACCAGUCAUCCCUGCAGCCCCGACCAGCUGACAGGCCUCACCAAACAGCAGCGUCUCAGCUCUAAAGCCUGGAGUCCAGAGAGACUGAAGGAGUGUUGCGUGUUCCUCAAGAAGAUCAACUCCCCCGACACAGAGUCCACCGUUGAGAAGGAGUGGGGACGUCUGCACCGUCAAUCUAGACGACACAUACUGCCACGACGAGACCAGACAGGAGGAGAGGAGCGGAGAGGACGACAAAGCUGUGAAAACGGAGAGAAGGAAGAGGAGAGUUCCCUGGAAGGAGUCUAGCGGCUCGCCGCAGGAGGUGAUGGUUCAGGAGCACAACCAGGUCCGAGCCAGGAACAGGAGAGGCAAACAGAAAAAUUCAGGGAAGGCCACGAGCCAAUCACAGACCCCGCCGCCAGCGAAAGCCACGAACCAAUCCCGACCCCGACGCCAGCGAAAGCCAUGAGCCAAUCACCGACCUCGCCGCCAGCGAAAGCCACGAGCCAAUCACCGACCCCGCCGCCAGCGAAAGCCACGAGCCAAUCACCGACCCCGCCGCCAACGAAAGUCAUGAGAAAAUCGCGUGGGAGGGGCCUGACCGGGCCACGGUGGCGUGACUUUAUACUGGGAACCUGACUGUCCUCCGUCCCGUCCCCACGGUGACUGUGUUGUAACUGUAUUGGCGGGACGCUCCUCCCUCCGUCUCCACGGUGACUGCGUGUAAACAACUCGGUGCCUUCAGACUGCCCCUUGGCAUUAUGUAGCAGAAGGAAAAGUUUAACCAGAAGAAGCUUACCAUUGCACUAUUCAGCCCCCCCCCACACACACACUGCUUUAAAAAAAAAAAAAAACUGUGUAUGUUUGUACAGAA